AUGGCCACCAAGGCACACUACAAUCAUCAAAGUGCAGUCGCUCAACCAGCUGGUACAUUUUUACCGGGAGGCGCUGCAGCGGAGAAAAAGUGCGUCUGCCGGGAAUCGAACCCGGGUCACCUCGAUGGCAACGAGACCUCAGAACGAACGUCGCACCAUCAUUUCACACCCAUAUGCGAGCUAAGUAACAAGCUAAGACGCAAAAUGUGCUCACAGAGCGAGCAGGAUUCUCUCGAUGGAUCGCUAGCUUGGACUCACAGCACCGAAGAGGGUUUUGAAACUGUGAAGGUCUUGGGUCAUGAUAUGAGUACUGGGUUAUCUCGCGUGGAAGUCCACCCUGAAGGCUCUUCCAGUAUCGCAGCGUCGCUGGCAGCUGUUGCAGCAGUUUGCGAUGCCCAAACACUGGCUGCUACCGGGCAGACUUCAUGUAGCCUCGAUUCGGGUGUUAAAGAGCAGUCACAUGCACAGGUAGAACAUGAUUCGUCCAAGCUAAGACCCCCUGCUGGAAAACGAAAGACGGGACCGAAGAAGAAUAAGAGCAGUGCCUGGGUACUAGAGGCACCAAUAGCCGCCACUGAAGCAUUCACCGACCCUCUGUCUCCAAGAGGCUCUCAGAGAUUCAGAAGCUCAUCGGGUGAGUCUGACACCGACUCCGAACAUGACCCUUAUGAUGCAUCGGAAGCCGGCACAGAAGCAUGUCAGUGUUCAGACUCCUCUUUGCCCGCAUCCCCGGAAGGCAUCCGUACCUCGGCAUCAAAUCUAGAGGAAAAAGUAGCAGCAGCAGCAGAAGCAGCAGCUGCUGCGGCUGCCGCAGCUUUCGUUCCCCGGCCGCCUUUCACAGUCCCCUCCACUCACCUCUGGCCUUACAAUGCGCCACCCAUGCCACCGCACCCAAUUCCUGACGACACUGCUAGUUACGGCACUCUUUCGGCUGCUGCUUUGCUCCAGCAGCUUCAACAUAGGUACCUCCGGAACGAGAUCUACACGUACGCUGCACAUGUACUCCUAGCAGUGAACCCCUACAAGCCAUUGCCGCACUUGUACUCUACGCAACAGAUCCUUCUCUACAGGCAUUGGAGGAAACUCGCUCGGGCGUAUCGCCGCCAACUCAAUGAAGAACAAUGCAGCAAUGCGAAGGAGGUGCUGUCGCCUUGCAGCCCUGUCAGCUCCGGUGACGCGAUAUCCAUUUUGAACCGUCUGCCAGGCAUCUUGCCAUUACGCAGUCUCCCUUCUCGUGAUGGCCCUCCUAGAGGCUCAGGAAACGCUACCUUACCGAAAAGUGUGACAGAAACUAGUUCAAGGACUGCGAACAACAGCAUCGAACUGGGGGCAACCACCGGAAUAGGAAAGCCCGAGGCACUUGCAGCUGCUACGGAGCAAGCCUUUAAGGAAUGCACGGCACGGCAGAAUAGGCCGCCGCCGCAUCCAUAUGUUGUAGCUGAGGAAGCUCUGAGGCGUCUCGUAGGAACACAAAUCAGCCAAACCAUUGUGGUAUCGGGCCAAAGUGGUGCAGGAAAAACAGAGACGAGCAAGCAGCUUAUGCUUUUCCUUACGCAUGCGUCAACCUCAGCAGACAGCACUUCGGAAGUCUGGAAAGAUGGCACCUCCAGCUCGUCAGACGACCCAGAAUUAGCCCUUACUCUGUCAGAGAGGCGAAGACAAACAGCAGCGCUUACCGGAGGAGUGCAGACGCUGAGUGAAGCAGCAGAACUGCGUCAGCGUAUUGUUUCUUGUAACGCGAUCUUUGAGUCAUUCGGCAACGCUGCCACCAGAAGAAACCACAACAGCAGCCGAAUCGGCCGGCUGACGCUUUUGCAUUUUGACAACGGAGGGCUCUUGAGGGGGGGCAGUCUGCGGACGUACUUGCUGGAAGCUGCUCGAAUCACUGCACACAAGAGGGGAGACCGGAACUUUCAUGUCUUCUACCAGUUGUUGCGAGGUGCAAGUGAAGAACUGCGCAUUUCUAUGGGGUUGAACGAAGACACAGAUUUCUACAACAUGCUGCAGCCACAGGACUCUCAUAAGUUUCUGCAGAAAGUAUUUCUCAAGGAAUCGCAUCAGGAUGCAUGCAAAGCCCCCAGUGGAGAGUCCACGAAAGAGGCGGCCCAAGUUCCAAAGGCGGUGGAUCAGCAAAAUUUUGAAGCAUUGGUGGAGGCACUCAAACGUGCAGAUUUCUCGUCCGGGGAGGUUGAUGAGCUCUUGCAACUGCUCGCCGGCCUCCUCCAUCUGUCCAACGUGUCAUUCACCAAAGGCAAUGAUGAUUCUCUAGAGCUACGUGACACGACCGCGACGGAAGCGCUCACCCAUGCAGCGUCCCUUCUUGGGGUGGAGAAAACAGAGCUUGAGGACCUGUUAAAGUUCCGACGUAUGAUUUUAAAGGGAGACGUUCUUGUCACUUUAAGAAGCCAACAGCAAAGCAGCAGUGCCUGCUGCUCGCUUAUUAAAUUUGUUUACUGUCGUCUCUUUGAUCACAUCGUCAAUCGCCUCAACGGAAGCACCGCUCGAGAACUGCAGGGAAGGCAGCGGUACACCAAUUCGCUUCUCAACAAGGACGACAGUAAAAGUCUCAAGUUCAUUGGCAUUCUUGACAUCUACGGAUUCGAAUGCUUUGGACUCGAGAACGGCCUUGAACAGCUUUGCAUCAACUACGCAAAUGAGAAACAACAGGAGCUUUUUGUAAAGCGGGUGAUUGAAGAGGAGAUAGCCCUUUACACAAGAGAAGGCAUUAGCAAUCCAGCAAUCACAGUCGGCCACAGACGUUACCACCACAUCCAUAAGGACGGGUACCAUGAGCAGCAACAACUUGGCCGGCAGGGCAAUGCUCAUGCCACAUUCAAGAAAAACCUUGAGCAAAGCCUUUUUGCUUCUCUUCCAGACACCUCCGUCCUUCUUAGAGAUCUACAAGAGGGGGUAUUUCGGCGCCUCGACGACUCAUGCAGGCUCCUAGCUCAGGGCCAAGCAAGAGACGACAUACAUUUUUGGAGAGACCUGUUUGCCUACUGCACCUCGUCAAAGCAGCAACUACAGCAGCCGAAAGCCAGCUCUUCGAUGCUGCAUACUCACCGCGAACAGCAAGCAACAUGUGACCAAUAUCUUCUCUUUUGUCUCAAGGGGCUCCACGGUAUGCGUGUUGCAGAUGCUGCAGCAAGUGGAAAGCUGUUGCAGCAUCUUCAGCACUCCGACCUCUCUUCGAUUGGUCUUGUGACAGCUCAACAACUGUCAACUCGUGGAGCUGAGGGUGCAGCAAUAGGCAACACUGGGUCAGGCAAGGUACAGGAAAGGGUGUUUGCGGUCAAACAUUUCGCGGGGACGGUUCUCUAUGGCACGGAUGGCUGGUUGGAUCUGAACAAAGACAGAAUUGAACACGAACUGGAGCGCCUCGUUGCCAAGUCCCAAAAGUCUUUUUUGCGGGAAGCAAUGGAGCAGCACGAAGCAAUGCAGCAGCAGGAAGGCGCAGUCUCGCUAUCGGUAGGUGGCGGCCAGUUCUCUUCAAUUACCAAGCGUUUCGUCAAGAGCGUUAAGGAACUCAGUCAGGAGCUCACUGGACCCCUCAUGCAGUUACACUUCAUACGAUGCUUCAUCCCAAACGGCUGCAUGAAGCCAAACAGCUUUGAAAGAAAGGUCGUACUGCAGCAGCUCCAACAUUCAGGAACUUUGGCUUUGGUGGACAUCCUUCAUUCCGGCUUUCCUCACCGACUUCCGCUCCACCCUGUGGCUUCUAAGCUCCGCACAGUACUCGUACCACUCUUGAAAAGGCGGCUGCAAGAGCAGGAAGACAAGGUGAAGCAGCUAGCAGCCCAAAAAGAACAGCAGUCUUCUUCAGCCGAAGAAUCAGCAAGUUUUGAUCAGGAAGUUGCUCGUCAGCGCCGCAUCCUCGAGACUUUGAGGCACUGCAAUCCAGCAACAACUCGAGACCGCACUCUCGUGUCAGCCACGCUUGGACUGCUUUCCAAAUGCAGACCAGGAUCCUUCAUUUGCGGCGUCUCACUCAUUUGUUUCAAGGGUGCCGCGUACGGGGAAGCGACUGAGUUUAUGGCUGACCCUAGUCAAUUUUUCAAGACCCCUGAAGAUCUCUGUCGGCUUAUCACCGCGAUACAGAGGCUGCGCUGGCGUGUAGCCGCCCGUAUUGUGCUACAGGUUCACCCCACAUUACUUUGGCUACAACGUAGGGCGUGCUUGAUGAGAAAAAUUAAGAUGGCUGCUGUCACUCUAGCCAUUAGGAUGCUCCUCCUCAAGAAGUUCAUUCUUCGUCCUUUGAGGGAGCGUGUGCGCCGGCGCCUCGCCCUUCGUCGUGGUGUACGCACGCUGGAGCACAUGUUUCUUCAGCGUGGUUUCAAAGGGUGGCAAAGAUACGCAUCAGUUUUACGCUCUUUCGAAGGGGCAAAGAAAGCCGCAGCCUCUCCACCAGGUGGUGAGAGAGACGAUCUGCAAUCCAGUAUAUCGAAUGGACCCACUCUGGACUUAUCCAAGGUGCGAAGUAACGCGUCUGGAGGAUCAGGGGGAGAUGAAUAUCAAAUACACCCGAUCAUGCAGUACUGGAAUACUUGCCUUUUCCCCCUUAAGAGCUCAACGCAACAUGAGUUGUGUCGAGAGCACCAGCUGGCUCUACACCCGGGGAGGGACUUGUACUCCAUCCACUUUUCGGACCCCCUUGCGCGAGAUCUCGAGCAACCCUUUUCAGAACACCAUCAAAAUCCUGAGCAGCUCCGACCUGAAUCCUUGCGUGUUUGCUCAUUUGCCGAGCAGAAGCAAACCGCUCAACAACAGACCGACUUGUCGGUGGCUCAGGCACUUGGUGGUGAGAACACCGCACCGCCCACAGCCUGUGGCCCUACCAAAGGAGCACCUCUCGUCACUGUCGCGAAGCAUCCCUCUUAUGACCUCUUCCUGGCCAGCGAUUCAGCCGCUCAGCUGCUUUUGUUUUCUACACCGGGCAGUGCUGAACCGGAGACUGAAGAAGGAGACGCACUAGACGGCGUCCGGCAGGGGCACGUGAGGAAUCCUCCGACGACCUUUGGGGAGCCGUCAACAUGCUUGCCGUGUCUUGCCUCCCCAUCCAACAACCCUUUGCCUCCUUCGUCUUCCACCCCUCCUUCCAGUACUGGCAUCCCCUUUCCGAAACGUGCCAACAAGCAUCCAAAUGUGCUCAAUGGCAUAAAGAAACUCCCAGCUCUUCCUGAGUGCCUGAGACACUGCGAAUCUAACGAGCGCUCAUUCCCUACAAGCCUUCUUCCCAAGAAACCUCUCCCGCCCAGCAAGUGGCUCCCACGGGACCUACUAAAACAAGUGUCUGAAAAGCUGCAACAGCCGCAAAGUAGCACCCCGCGUCAACGAGUCCCUACGGUGAGGCCCCUGCGUGUGGCCUUCGCCAGCCCUCUCACGGCGGAUUUUGCUAUCGUCGUGUGCCUGGUGCAAGGCAACAGCAGGACACAAGCGAGCAGCCGAAACAUUGGCAAGCUCAUUGUGGUCUUAGUAGAUCUAGUUGAAGGUGGCUGCCGAGGUUGGGUUCCCCUGGCCCUUGCGUCUCAUGACAUCUCGGCCUGCGCUUGCCGGCACGCCGAGUACCUUAAACAGGUUGACGCAGCUGCGCUUUCACUUACCAGCACCCACUGCACAAGCAGCAACAGUACAGCUGAUGAAGACCCACCCGCAGUGUCCUCUCAGAGAAGUGCAAGUCGUAGCCGCAGCACAAUGCUCUCUACAAUUCGGCUGCAGCCACUGUGGGGAAGCAUGUGGGCUGUCGUUGGUCCAUCGCUGCUCGCAAUAUUUUCAGUCAAUCUCAGGUUCUUCCAGCACCCACCCACCGAUCUUCAAGAACAGCACCAUGCCAAAGAACUCCCGCUUCGCCUACUUUGGAACAUGGCCUCUAUUCCACACGUAAAAGGUCCGAGCUUUGAAGUAGCUCAAGCGUGGUUUACGGGAUGCACAUACACGCGGAUUGCCCCUUCAAGGCUCAGCUCGAUCACCGGCACGCACCCGGUCAUACAGGUCCUUCAGAUGAUGCCGUAUGGAACAGUGACGCGUUCCAUUGAGGCUAAAAUGCAGCGGCUGCUGCUGCUUUCAACAGCCGACAAUUCUUUGCUGCUAUUGAGGUGGAGCGAGCGAAGCACUGACACCAUUAGCGGAUUGGGGAAUCUUGUGCUUCUGCACCAGCUCCAGCUGCCCUCCUCCGUGUUGCAGUUCCUUCGGCAAGUGCCCGAGGAUACAAUGGAGUGUGGAGGAGUUUUGAGCGAGCACAAAGAUGCUGAGGGGCGCCUCAAGAGAUCGUUCCCAUGGGAUUCGGAAGCCCUGCUGCUGAAUGGGCAGGCCGAUGAGGCGACACAAAGCUAUGCCCGGCAGAGGAACAACGGUUCCCGCAUGGAUAGUGACGGCAGCACCAUUGAAGGAAUGAGCGAGUCAUGGGAGAGCGACGGAUAUGUGGCGCAGUCGCAACCACAGGCCAGGGACGGAGUCACCUGCACGGAUUCUCCUUCACUGACCCGAGAUUUCCAACAUUACGGGAUAGCUUUGGUGGAAAAAAGCACGGGCCGAAUCGUGCGCUCUCUAGACCAGCACACACUGCAGCAACUUCGGGAUGGCGUACACUCUAAAAGCCAGAUUUUAGCUGUUACUCCCCUUCUGUCGUCCCCAGGCGUUCUAGUUUCCAUUCAAUGCCUUCGUCCUGGUGUCCUCAGCUUGUGUGCUGGAGACGAAGCAGGUAAUUGGAAGGAAAUUGGAGAUCUUGACCUCUACAACUGA